AGAGAACAUAACGCAUUUAUAAUGACACAAGCUCCCAUGGAAAACACGAUAGCAGAUUUUUCGAGAAUGGUAUUGGACUACGAGAUAGGAACCAUCGUCAUGCUGAACAAUUUGGAAGAGGAAUGUGAGUCUUUUCCUCAAUACUGGCCGCAACAUGGAACUAAAAUGUAUGGAGAUGUCACUGUUGAACUGGUACAGACCACGGACGUGGAUAAUAUAAUUGCAAGGCAGUUUGAAGUUACAAAGCAAGGGACUCGUCGUAUUGUGUUUCAUCUGCAACACUUGACUUGGGAGAACAAAUGUAUCCCUGCUGAUCCCCAGACAGUUUUGAAUUUGAUCGAUGAAGUACAAAAAUAUCAACAGAAGUCAGGAAACUCCCCAAUAGUAGUUCAGUGCAGCAACGGUGUUGGUCGUAGCGGUACAUUCUGUGCUAUUGCUUCGUGUCUUGAACGAGUCAAACAAGAACAAGUAUUGGACGUCUUUCAGACCGUUAAGAGUAUUCGUGUCAACAGACCUGGAGCUGUAGAAACAUUGGUAUGAAUUA